GAUAGAUAGAUAGAUAGAUAGAUAGAUAGAUAGAUAGAUAGAUAGAAAGGCAGACAGACAGACAGACAGACAGACAGACAGAUAAAUAGAUAGAUACAUACAUACAUACAUACAUACAUACAUACACACAUACAUACAUACAUACAUACAUACAUACAUACAUAUAUACAUACAUAUAUACAUGCAUAUAUACAUACAUAAUCAUAUAUCUGUUGGUGAAAAUAUAUAUCAAUACAGAGACAGACACGUACACGAAAAAUGCACACCCACAGCCAUAUGUGCAUUUAUGCAAACAGCUGAUUGCACACAUUUAUUUGUAUAUAAACAAUGACAUUUGUGCACCAACGCUACCUUCAUAGUCUGUCUUUCACACACACCGACAACCAUACAUUUAGAGCUAUAGGAACAUAUCACACACACACACACACACACACACACACACACACACACACCACACAUAUAUAUAACCAUUACUUUCUGUUCUACUAGUCAAAUGGAUAAAUAGGCGAGACGUUUGUGAAUGGUAUUUGGAUCAUAGUUUUACCAGUGCUGAAAUCACUUGAACCAUUAUAAUUUAUCACCAAAUAUAACAAAGUAUUUGCCUAAGAAGCUAUGGUUAUCUAUUAAACACACUCUUCGAACUCCUGCAAUCAACAACAACUUUCUCACACCAAAUCACUUCUUCCGUCGACGACAUUUGUCUUUAUCCAUCCCUCAGGAAACUUACAAAGCUGGUCGUCUCAUUCGCACGUCUCAUUCACAUGGUGCAGAAACUGAAUCUUUGGUAAUCCUCUACAAAUUUUAUCGACACACAGACACUUUACGUCCUUGAUUCCUGUCUCACUUCCAAACCCUUCUUUACCACAAUAUAACUGUUCAUUCGUCUAUCAAGUCCUCCGACUACUUCCUUAUUGCGCCUACCUCUUACAUACCCCCACAUACUACUCAAAUCCCUCACUUUCAGAACACUAUAGCUCUUCAAGACAGAGCGGUAUGUAAACUAACCCUAGUAGCACAUAUCCUUCAUCGAUGACCCAUCCGUAACAAGAAAGAGAGAAAGUGAAACCAUUCACGCUGAAAAAUUAAACAUAUCAAUAAUGAAUAACACUGUACUUGGGAGUUUAAGUCCCCAAAAGGACGUUGUUCUCUUGAAUCCUUUCCAAAAGAAAGAAAGAAAUAAAAUCUCUCUGUCAUCUGACCUUGUGAAUAGUAAUACAGGAAAGUAUGCUACCUUACCGACUCGUUACAUUCAGCGACCUCAAUCCUGCUUUGUGACAUCUUCUAAAGAUACCACUUUUAAAUCUCUGGAUGUCAUACUGGAAUGCAGCCCACAGAAAGUUAAGAUGAAGCAGACAAUUAAUACAGACGACCUGUCAUCCGAUAUGGCGCAGCUAAAGGCAGCGGCUGCCAGACUUAAGCUUACAACUAAAAGACCGAGUUAUGUAGCUUGGCAAGCUAAGGUUCAAGAAAGCUCGACAAUUCUAAAACAGGCGGUUGAUAAUGCUAAUUGUCUUACAAAGGAGAGAAAAGCUUGGAUUAGCAAUACCUUGCGGUGGAUCGCACAAGAACUGGCUGACAUGCGCUCUCAAGACCAACAUUUAGCCCGCCAAUUGCUUUGCAUCCGACAAGACAUUCAACAACUUAAACUAGAUAAAAGUUGUGAGGUUCACCAAGAUAUGUUAGCUGAUGUUGAAUUGGAAAUGGAGGAGCUAGAAGAACUGGCUGAGAUCUGCGACCAGCUGCCCCCAGAUCCUGGACUCCACGACAAUCCCUUACGCCAUAUUGGAGUCACUAGGAUGAACAUAAGUAGAAGGCGCUUUUCAACAUGUUGAUGAUGCGGAAGAAUUUCUUGUGUGUGCUAUACUAGUGAGACUUUUUUUUAUCAUAAUCAAUAAUACCUUGCCAAUAGUAUGAGACACAAGCAUUUUCAACUCAACCGUUAUUCAUAUACAUACUCUCAUCUUCUUUCUUUCUUUGUUUCUCUUCGUCUUCCUUAUUAAUUCUGGUUCUUCAUAUUUUCAUUUCUUUGUAAGUGUGAGGGACUAAGAUCACAAAACCUAUGCAAGGAAAAAUCAUAAACAAAAGUGACUUUGCGUGUUUCUGCAUAUAUAUGCGCAUAUGUGCCUCUCUGUGUAUGUGCUUAAGCUCGUAGUAAGCAAAACAUACGGUUAUCUAUCAAGAAUCAUUUUAAUCUAAUGAAAUAAAUAAUUUUUUGAUAUUUCUACUUUUAUUUCGGCAUAUUUAGAGAAAUUUAUUAUUUAUUUCACUGCAAUGCUUUUGUUUGGAGGAAUUUCAAUACCUAUUAAGAGCUAUUCUCUUUUUUAUGACAUGGAUAAUGAUAUUAUGUCAACGGACUGCAAUUAUUGUCUGUUUGGAUAUUACAAUCCCUUAAAAUUUUGGAAAAUUCUGGAGGGUUAUCGUUUUGCGAAGAAAGAAAUGAGUGAAGUGGUUGACGGGGUAUAUGGGGUUAACGGGGUAUAAGCAGAAGAUGAUGUGAAGAGGAAAAAGUGAGAAAACACUGUGUUAGUGAGUUAGAAAGUAGAGUGUAUUUCUGACUAGAAAUUCAAUCAUGGAUAUAUUUUCUUAAGGAUUUAGAAAUGCAAAUAUCAAUCUGUGGAUUUUAUACAUAAAUAUGCAUAAAGACGUGAAAGCGUAUAUGAAAUAUAUUUUCCACAGAAACGUUUACUAGUUACUUCGAAGUUUCCUUGGUCGCUGACUUCCACAGAUAUAAGAUGGCGCCAGUAAAGCAUAUUGGCGUAAAUACUUAGUGAAAUAUCUCUUUAUAAAAAUGGAUGUUAAAAUACUCUUUUGUGUCUUAUUGUAUUUAUAAUUCGUUAACUAGGAAUUUUGAGGCACUUUCCCACAUUGAUGUGUGUGUGUAUGUGUGUAUGUGUGUUAGUGUGCGUGCGUGCUCGCGUUAUGCGUUUGUUGGCGUGUGUGUGAGCAUGUGUGUGAGUAUGUGUGUGUGUGCAUAUAUGUACGUUUUCGGAAACCAUGAGUCCGGACUAGAGCAUCGGUGGUUAUUUCAAUUAUAAGUUUGUAUUUCCAACGCAACGGUAAUGAAACAAAUAAAAGAUAAUGUAUAUAUACAUGCAUACACCCACAUAGACACACGCGCACGUACACUCACACACACACACACAUAUAUAUAAGGACGGAGAGAGAAAGAACAUGUGUGAUGUGUUGGAGAGGUUAAAAAUAAUGUUGAUAUGCAAUAAAUAUCUCUACUUAAAGAAAAAAUCA